ACAUAUUCUCUUUCAUUACUUUCUCCCCUGAUCCGCAGUGUUUGUUGAGCGUCUGCCCGACUGGACCUGCUUCAUCAUGGCCGUCUGAAUUCAGAUCCGAAUCCCAGUCUUUUCUCAAUCAUCCAUCCCGAUCGCAGUGGGAAUCGUUUCUCUGGGAUAUUACUUCAUUUGUGCCAAUGUUCAAACAUGCAGCCUCCGCCAAGAAAGGUAAAAGUGACACAGGAACUGAAGAACACGCAUACGGAGCAGCUCGGCCGCCUGCACCUCAAACACCAGACGGAAUGUGAUUUAUUGGAAGAUAUGAGAACCUACAGCCAGAAAAAGGCCACUCUGGAGAGAGAUUACGCACAGGCCCUGCAGAAGUUGGCGAGUCAGUAUUUAAAGAGGGACUGGCCUGGGAUCAAACCAGAUGACCAGAGGACAGACUACAGGAAUGUAUAUGGAGUGUGGCGGGCUUAUCUUGAAGGCACCGUGCAGGUGACCCAGUCUCGACUCAACGUCUGCGAGAACUACAAGAACGAGAUUUCAGACCCCGCCAAAACCUUACGCCUCUACAAAGAACAGCAGCUGAAAAAGUGCAUUGAGCAGUUGGGUCGGAUCCAGGCAGAGCUCCAGGAUUCCGUGAAGGAUCUGGCCAAGUCCAAAAAGAAAUACUUUGAGCUGGAGCAGAUGGCCCAGGCUGUGCGGGAAAAGGCCGACAUUGAGUCCAAGUCGAAGCUGGGUCUGUUCCAGUCCAGGAUAAGUUUACAGAAGGCCAGUGUGAAGUUGAAAGCGAAGAGGAGCGAUUGUAACUCCAAAGCGACCCAUGCGAGGAAUGAAUAUCUUCUCACAUUGGCGGCCGCUAACGCACAUCACGACCGCUAUUAUCAGACCGACCUGGCCAACUGCAUCAAGGGUCUGGAGGGGAACGUAUAUGACCAUGUGAAGGAUUAUCUGAUAUCCUUUUGUCGGACCGAGCUGGAAGCGUUUCAAGCUGUCCACAGCACCUUCCAGUUCCUGCUGGAGAAGUCCAGUCGAGUGAUGCAGGACUUCAACCAGCAGCUGUUCCUGCAGGAGAACCCAGUGUUCCACAAAGCACAAGACUUCCAGUUCCAGCCCAGUGACAGCGAUAUGACUCUGAGUUCUGUGCAGCAGUUGGUGGACAUUGAGCCAUCGACGGUCAGUGUGAUGAGAAUGACUCUGGCACAGAGUCGACAGCUGGAAUCGGAGACGGGAACCACCGAAGAACACAGUCUCAACAAAGAGGCGAGGAAAUGGGCCACACGUGUGGCCCGCGAACACAAAAACAUCAUCCAUUACAAACGGGCUCUAGAGGAAUGCGAGACGCUCGGGACUCUGCCCACGGAACAGAGCCGGAAUGAGCUGGAAUUCCGAAUAGAGGAGGCCAAGGAGAGCAUCCGCAAAGCAGAGACGAUAAAGCUGAAAGCAGAAGUGCGUCUGGACCUCCUGCGGCAGGUGGGUGUUUCUGUGGACACAUGGUUGAAGAGCGCCAUGAACCAGGUGAUGGAAGAGCUGGAGAACGAGCGCUGGGCGUCGCUGCCCACCCUCACCACCCACGACCUCUCUCUCUCAACCACGGUGGAAUUGGACAGAGAGGAAGGAGAAGAAUUAGAAGAGAACAUGGAGACGUACGACGACAGCAGCUCGAGUCCGUCAGGAACCCUGAGGAACUACCCGCUCACCUGCAAGGUGCUCUACUCAUACAAGGCCUCUCAGCCCGAUGAACUAACCAUUGAUGAGCAUGAGAUGUUGGAGGUUAUAGAAGAUGGAGACAUGGAGGACUGGGUGAAGGCGCGGAAUAAGUCCGGUCAGGUGGGCUACGUCCCAGAGAAGUACCUGCAGUUCCCCACGUCCAACAGCGUGCUGAGCAUGCUCCAGUCCCUCGCUGCUCUGGACGCACGCUCACACUCCUCCAGCAACUCCACUGAGCCUGAGCUGGCAUCAGGCAGCUUCAACGGAGACAGCAGCAUGAGUUUUGUCAAGGCCAUGUAUGACUACGAGGGUCAGACGGAUGACGAGCUGUCAUUCCCUGAGGGAGCCAUCAUCCGCAUCCUCAACAAGGACAACCAGGAGGACGACGGCUUCUGGGAGGGCGAGUUUAAUGGUCGAGUGGGCGUCUUUCCGUCCGUGCUGGUGGAGGACCUGACCGCCUCAGAGAACGGAGACUGUCACUGGGGAACAGACACACAGGUGUCCCCGUGCCAAAGGCUUCAUUCAUCACUUCCUCCUCUGCCGCUGUAUGACCAGCCGCCCUGCAGUCCGUACACGAGCCCCGAGACCAGCAGCGCUCCCUCGCUGCCCCGCUCACCGUCUGUCAACGGAGAACACAAACUGCCCAUCCCGCAGAAAGCCGCCGGUCAUAAUCACAAUUCCAGCUUAAGCCCAGAGAGCCCAGGCUUCUCCCAGCCGCUGAGACUCACUCCAGACGGAUCCGGCUCUGGAAAACUCAGACCUGUUCGGGCGGCACCUCCUCCUCCAAAGCAGCACGCGCGCAGACAGGUGGAGAAAACCGAAGAGGUGGAGAUCACGCUGGUGUAGAGCUCCGCCCUAGUGGACUGAGAACAAGCCCUAUCUGACCUCUAACCCCUCCCACUCCUCACGGAUGCCCUAUGAGCAUCCUUAGAUCCCCGAGGGGGCGGAGAACAGCAUCUCAAAGGCAUCCCUUUUUCAUAAAAUACAAACACCUCUUUUGGCGUCACAGACUGUUUGGUGCCUUAAACCGCUUUCAUGCCAAACUCUAA